AUGUCGUCUGAUUCAUCUGGAUGCAGUACACCAUCCUCUGAGGAUAUCAAUACAAACUCAUCUAAUAAUGACAAUCCACAAGAGAGAAGAUAUAUACAUUACCCCCGUGAAUAUCACUAUUACAGAGACAACAAUUCAGAACACUUUCAUUACAACUAUAGCACAUCCCAAAACACACCUACUGGCAGUUUCCCUUUUGUUCAUGUUCCCCCAAUGCCUCCCAUUCCUCCUAUACCUCCUAUACCACCAAUUCAUCAUCAUCAUCAUCUUCAGCAGAACAACAAUAACAAUAACAAUAAUAGCAACUACAACAGCGACAUCAACAACUAUAUGUGCACAUUCGAUCUUUAUGGGAACAACUCCAACUUCAAUUGCGAUGACACAUAUGUUAAUUGCACUUUCAAUUAUUAUGGAGGCAAUGGUUGCAGCUAUUCUCAACAUCAUGGUCAGAAUAACUCCCGUUUCAAUUGUGACAGAACGUAUGACACAUGUACUUUCAAUAAUCAUGGUCAAAACAAUUCAAACUUCAAUUGUGACAACAAAUAUGAUAGAUGUACUUUCAAUUAUUUCAAUAAUGCUACUGACAGUAACUCGUGUUUCAAUUGUGAUGAAAAAUAUAAUGAGUGCACAUUCAAUUACUACGUGAAUGGUUAUAACAAAGAAGAUUAUACAACUAGCAGCUGUCCAUUACAUCAUGCUCAGAAUAACUCUAACUUUAAUUGUGACAAUAGAUAUAAAAAAUGCACCUACAAUUAUUACGGAGACAAUAAUCACAAAAAAUCAAAGCACGCAACAAAAAGCAGUCCUUCUACUCAAAACUCAGCUAAACAUGAUAAAUCCACUUCAAAAGAUAAUGGGAGCAAUGGAAGUCAUAAAGAACCAGAGAACGAAAAUGAUUGGAUUGACGAGGAAGUUUUCAAUCGUGAUUUAAUCCUAACCGGGGCCUUUAUUAUGUGUGCUACUUGUCCUUUAUUUCUAAAACAGAUUAAAACAGGGGUUUGUUAUGUUUUGUUAUCUUGUCUUAUCAUAUGGGCACAAUAUGUAUAUUUAAUCAGAAGUGAUCAGUUAGUGAGACUGAGGAUGUUGAUGAUUUCAACACAGAUUUUUAUUUUCAUUCUAUUCAUUGUUUCUCGUUUUAAUAUUGAAGAGGUUUUGACAAGCAAUAUAAUUUAUGAUCUGUUAUAUAGCUGUGUACCCUUUAUAAAUAAUUAUUAA